AUGGCAACACCAUGGAGGUCUCUGAGAACUUCGGUCAACAAAGUAUUCAAAUUGAGUCCAUAUAAACCACCAAAUGUGCCGAGGCAAACUUUAGCGGCUGCGGAAGUCAUUGAAGAAGAGUGCACUCCACAUUAUGAGCCAAACCACUUUUAUCCUGCUCGCCUAUACGAGAUUCUCAACAACAGGUACCAAAUCACUGCCAAACUUGGUUGGGAAAACAAUUCCACAGUAUGGUUAGCUCGUGAUUUGAAUCAAUGGCGCUGGUGUUCAGCACGCUACGUUGCAGUCAAAAUCAAGGCGAAUAACUAUGCAACAAAGGAAGACGCUGAAAGGGAACUUCGCAUUACUGAGAACAUUACGCGCGCAAAUCCACGGCAUGUAGGCCGGAACUUUGUCAGCACGUUGCUCGAUUCCUUUAAUUUACCAACUCCUCAUGGUACCCAUGUUUGCAUGGUGUUUGAUCCAUUGUGUGAGCCUCUAUGGAUGCUUAGACGGCGGUUUCAAGGGGAUGUGCUUCCAUUGAACCUUCUCAGACCUGUUGCCAAGUUGAUUCUGGAAGGGCUUGGCUAUCUCCACUCUGAAUGUCAGGUCGUCCAUACAGGUAUCGCUUCUAUGCAAAAGAGAGCUCGAGACCGAACAAUAUACCUUUCGAGAAAUCAUUUCGGGGUGGAAGCAAACAGCUUGGGCAGACCAGUGAUCACUGAUUUCGGACUGGCUGUGGAAGGGUCUCAGACUCAUUACCAUCCCAUUCACCCAGAUAGUUUCAGGGCCCCAGAGGUUGUUCUUGGAGCAGGUUGGAAGUACAGUGCCGAUAUAUGGAACCUGGGUUCUUUUGGUCCUCUUGAUGGACUAGACUCUAAUCACUCUACCUUCACGGAGGAAGCUCAUCUGGCUCGCAUUAUAUCGGUACUUGGACCUCCACCUGUGGAUGUGCUUCAUGAGGCGAAGUAUGCUUCUCGAUAUUUUGAUACUGAAGGUAGUCACUCUUCUCGGCUAGCAAUGUUGGAGCUUUACUGA